CCGCGACGCGGUGACGCGCGGCGACGCGACGCGAGCGCGACGAUGGCGAGCGACGCGAAGGGCUUGACGCAGCUGUCGCUGAUGGGCGGGAAGAUCGCGAAGGGCGACACCGCGCGGGCGACGAAGGCGUACGAGGAUUACUUUAAACACGAAGACGAUUCGACGCGCACGGGGAACUACGCGGACGUGGUGAACAAGUACUACGAUCUCGCGACGUCGUUUUACGAGUACGGAUGGGGGGAGUCGUUUCACUUCGCGCAUCGGUACCGAUGGGAGACGCUGCGGGAGUCGAUCGCGAGGCACGAGCAUUACUUGGCGAGCAAGCUCGGCGUGCGAGGAGGGGAUAAAGUGCUGGACGUCGGGUGCGGCGUCGGUGGACCGCUGCGAGAGAUCGCGGCGUUCACGGGAGCGUCGGUGACGGGGUUGAAUAAUAAUGCGUUUCAAAUCUCGCGCGGGGAGACGAUGAAUCGAAGAACCGGACGACACGACGACUGCGACUUCGUCAAGGCGGAUUUCAUGAACAUUCCCAAGCCGGAUAACACCUACGACGGGGUGUAUCAGAUCGAGGCCACGUGCCACGCGCCCGAUGCGGUGGGUUGUUACUCUGAAAUAUUUCGCGUGUUGAAACCGGGGGGGAUUUUCGCGUCGUACGAAUGGUGCCUUACGGAUGAAUACGACGAAAAGAACCCCGAACACCGGGCGAUUCGUCAAGAUAUCUUGCUCGGGAACGGUUUGCCGACGGCUAGAACGACGCACGAAGUCUUGGAUGCGUUGAAAAAGGCUGGGUUUGAAAUCCUCGAAGAAGAAGAUUUGGUGAAAACCGCGGAUAUUCCGUGGUACGAACCGAUCGACCCGUACCGCCGUUGGUCGCCGUUUCGCGACUUUUGGUCGUUCAAGACGACGUCGUGGGGUCGUAACAUCACGCAUUACUUCGUUCUCGCUCUCGAGAAGGUGGGCAUCGCGCCCAAGGGUAGCGUGAACGUGAGUACGUUCUUGAAGAAGGGUGCAGACGCGCUCGUUGCUGGGGGUAAGACGGGAACCUACACGGUGAUGUACCUCACCGUCGCGCGCAAGCCGGAAGUUUCAAAGAAACUCAAGAAGUCCUUUUCCCGCAAGGCGUCGAGCGCGGCGGCUCAGUAG